CAGGGCAGGCCGGCAGGGCGACCCCGGCGAGACGCUGCUGCUGCUGGACUGCGCCGACCCGCUGAUGGCAGUGUUCGGUCUUGACAAGGUGUCGGUGUGGCUCAACUCCGUCAGCAACGGACUGCAGGUGGCCCCCGACUACGUGGACGGCCCCCCCGUGGAGCUGCUGCUGCGCUCCGUGGUGCGCUUCCAGGAGAGCGCCUUCCAGAGCAUGAGACUGGAGUCCAAGAAGUACGACGGGGUGAUGGAGGAGUACCGAAGCAACCUCUACACGCUGCGGCGCCUGGUGCUGUGCGGGGGCGACAUGCAGCGCGCGCAGAUUGCAUACGUGCUCAUACAGCGCUACGUGGACGAG